AUGUUUUACUUCCAAGUACCACGGAAUAAAAGAUUGGCCCAAGUCAGCUGUGCCAUCUUAUGGUGUCUCUUUUCAGGAGGGCCAAUUUUUGGGUUUGCAGCUCUUAAGCCAGUUUUGGUUCAACAACACAUUUACGAAGAUAUUUGUCCGUUAACAAACUCCACCACUUCUCUAAUUGACACCAUUGCUCAAUCGUCUGGCUCAAUUAGCGUGCAACAAGGUAAAUUGGGAUUGGCCAAAUGUACAGAACAGGACUUAAAGUUGAAUAUGAUGUUCACCGUUGGUGCCGUUUUGACAAACUUGACCGCUCUGAUCAUUGGAAGAACUUUGGACUCUUACGGUCCUAGAGUCUGUGGAUUGCUGGGUGCUUGUUUCCUAUUUAUUUCCUGUUCUAUCUUUAUUUAUUCAGAUUCCAUCACACUUUUCGACCCUUAUUUGUUUGGAUACGGAUUUAUGGCAUUGGGAGGCCCAUUUGCUUAUAUUUCUAGUUUUCAGUUAUCAAACGCUUUUCCAAAGAAAUCUGGUUCCGUUUUAGCUUUGCUCACGGGAGCAUUUGAUGCCUCGUCGGCAGUAUUUUUGUUUUACCAAUUGUCUUUCCUUAAAGAUCCAGCUUUUACUAUCCAAAACUUUUUCAAACUGUACCUAGUUGUUCCUACCUUUAUUACACUUGCACAAAUAUUUGUGAUGGAAGGAGAUUCGUAUCUGACACCACCCGCAGCUAUCAUGUCUGGCCGUUCAGCUCCCCCUCCUACAGAGACAACAACACUUCUACCAGUCAGACAAUCUGUGGCAAAUGAAUUGGAGGCUGUAGGCUCAAAAUUCCAAAGAAAAGAUUCGCUUGGUGACGCUAUGAAAACAGCUUAUGCAGAAGAAGCUGAAGAGGAAGCUCGUAAACAGACUAAUAGUGUUUUUGGAAUCUUACACGGAUUCCCAUCUCAAUACCAAUUCAGAACUUAUUGGUUCUUGUUGAUGUGUCUGUUUUCCACAAUUCAGAUGUUGAGAUUGAAUUAUUUUGUCGCAACCGUGCACUCUCAGUAUGCUUAUCUUUUCAACUCUCCCGAGCUGGCAGAAAAGCUCAACAGCAUAUUCGAUAUUGCCCUACCCUUAGGCGGAGUUCUAUCUAUUCCAUUUGUGGGUUUAUUUUUGGACCACUGUCCCACCAUUGUUGUUCUAACAGCGUUGUUAGUUGUUUCGCUUAUAAUUGGAGUUUUGGGUCUUGUGGGCAGCUUCCCUCUGGGUGUUCUCAACGUGUUGAUAUUUGCCGCCUACAGACCAUUUUUCUAUACCACGAUCUCAGAUUACUGCGCCAAGGUUUUCGGAUUUGAGACUUUUGGAACCGUUUACGGAGCUAUCAUGACGAUAUCAGGAAUGUUCAACUUCGGCCAGAAGUUUUUGGACCAAGCUACGCACACUACUUUCAAAAUGAAUCCUGUUCCUCUGAACAUUAUUUUAGUUCUUGUCACCCUUGUUAUCGGCGGAAUUACCUGCCUAUACGUCCAAGUUCAGGGACGUAUUUACAACCAAAAAAAACAUCAACAUCAAGAUAACGCCACCUUGACUUGA